AUGGCUCUGAACUCAGCAUUGCCGCCCCGCGGCGUUAAACCGGGGGACGUCCUCCUUGUUGUUCAUGAUUUCCUUGCACGUGGUCCCGAUGAACUCUCCUUGAGACGUGGUGGGAAAAUCGAGCUCGUGGAGCUGGACGAUGGCUUUGGUGACGGAUGGUUUCUAGGAAGGGACGUGGAAUCGGGAAUGACCGGCCUAUUUCCCGGAGGAAUAUUACGUCCAGUGUAUACGACGUCCGCACCCAAAGUACCCGUCCGACAGCAGGGACAUGCCCCCGAUCCUAAUGUGGUGGAGAAAUCCAAAGGAACUUCCGGCGCGACCGACUCAAUCGCCUCACCGAAGAGCGGAGAUUCAACGCCUCAGGCUUCGCGACAUGCGAGUGCGUCAGAUAUGCGAUCUCCCGACCUAAAUGAUGACCCGGAUUCGACGUCAUCACCCAAACAACAGCAAAGGUCUACCUCUUCUCCGCUUCCCACCUCAAAAAUGGCCGUCGAUAUCCAACAAUCUAUCCGCCAGACGCUUGACGGUCAUCUAAACGGUGGCCAGGAGAGCCCAGUCAUGAAUGAGACGCUCAGUGUGAUCGAUGAGCAUAUCACGGACCUAAGUACGCCUCGGCACAGUGUAACUGCUACUCAGGAACCGAAGGUGACGAGCGAUUCCGCCAGCGAAUACAGCAGCCAUUUUGAUCACCGCUUGUCCUAUAUCAAUGGCCAGGAGACAGACGAAGAAGAGGAGGGCGUUCCUACCGAAGCGGAAGUUCGCAGUUGGAAUCAGGCUGAAACCUCCAAGUAUUUGCGGCGACUGGGAAUCGAAGCGCGUCAUUGCGAUCUGUUUGAAGAACAGGAAAUCACAGGCGAUGUGUUACUGGAUAUGAACCAGGACUUCAUUUUCAUGAAGGAAUUUGAUUUUGGUGUCAUGGGCCGGCGCUUGAAGACGUGGCACAAGAUCAAGGCCUUCCAAGAAGAAGUCAAGGGCUUCCAGCAGCCCCAGAGAAAGUCAUCACGAAGCUCAGCCUCCGGCCUCGGCGGCCCGGGAGAAGAACGGAGUCUCAGUCGUGCUGGUACCACUGGCCCGUUGCUGCCCCGAAUCCCCACUCUGCGAGGUUCGACUGGUUCUACCCAGCAUCCACGCCUAAUCAGCAAUGCCAUGCAGAGUAAUACGAGCUCUCCUUUGACUUCGCAAACCCCAACAUGGAUGGACCAUUCCCGAAGGCCCUCAGCUGCGUCGGUGCGCGAUAUCAAUCACUCACGUCGUCAUUCUUCGAUCGAUACAACGAGUCGGUAUUCUGGGACCACCGAGAUAUCCCAGCAACCCGGCCACCAGAAGAAGGGGUCAUUCGAUCGUGCUUGGUCCAUGAGCGGUGCGCCCUCCCGAUAUCCCAUUCGUCCUGGUACGGCUCUUGGGACCGCCAAUGAGUCUAGCGUCUCGCAGGAGGCGUUCCAUCGUACAGAUUCCAACGUGUCUGAAUCCGCCGUCGCAGACGAUCUCGAUCGCGGGUACUUCUCAGGACCGGAGGGAGACCCCAGAAAGAAUAGACGCUUCUUGCAGAAACGAAGCUCCACCGCUGGUAGCACUACCUCGAGUUUCAUGGACGACCAAUAUAAGCUCAAGGUCGCCAAACGUCACUCACGCAUCGGUAGUGUUGACUCAAUCCGGGAGACAGCCAACCCCACGCCGACCACCAUGAAGUCACAUACCAGUCCUUUACCCAAGAGUCGUUUUAGGAGCCUCAGCACCCGUGCCUCCACUACCGCGGAGGGCAAGUCCACCGGAUCCGGGUUCUUUUCUUCUUUGGCGCCCCUGGUUGGAAGACAUGACUCUGACUCUAAAGGUUCGACUUCGUUGCAGCAGAUCAAGAAUGCAGGCCCCAAGUUUCGACGUGCUGUUGGCCUUCGCGGUGUGUCAGAAGGUGGAAAAGGCAUCGACACUGCUAUCCCACCCGCGUCCCCUGUCCGAGACUUCGAUCCAGCUUCUGCCAGAACCGGGUCGACAACCCCUUCUACCUCCAAGAGCUCCGAGCGUCAUAGCACUGAUGGCUCUGGAAAGGCCGCGGAAGGUGGAAUUUUGAUGCCCCGCGCCCGUACUGUCAAGUCGGGUGCCAAAUCCAAGAAAGAUACCAGUGCCUACACACGAGGCUUGGAGAAGAAGACGCCCCAGGAACAGAUGCAGGGCUGUGAUUACUCUGGAUGGAUGAAGAAAAAGUCAUCAAAUCUGAUGACCACGUGGAAACCGCGUCUCUUUGUCCUUCGGGGUCGUCGUUUGUCAUAUUACUAUUCCGAGAAUGACACGGAAGAGCGAGGACUCAUCGACAUCACUGCCCAUCGGGUGCUUCGAGCGGAUAACGACCCGAUCGUGGCGCUUCAUGCGACCAUCACCGGUGCAACCGUUUCCCCUACUUCGCCGUCUGUUUCUAGUGUCGACACCCCAACUUCCGACAAGGCGUCUGGUUCAGAGACUUCGCUCCGGGGCCCCAAGGCUCACGAGGGCUCGUUCUUCUUCAAGCUCGUGCCGCCCAAAUCCGGUACUUCUCGUACAGUGCAGUUCACCAAGCCCGCCAUCCAUUACUUCCAAGUAGACAAUGUCCAGGAAGGCCGGUUGUGGAUGGCUGCACUGAUGAAAGCGACCAUUGAACGUGACAUGGAGCUUCCAGUCGAGACCACCAACAAACAGAGAACCAUCAGUCUCAAAGAAGCUCAGAUGAUGAACCAACGGCCACCUGCUCUGAUGGGGGCUCCUAAGGCUCCGGUGGAAGGAGAGAAGAACGAGCCAUCGAUAGCUACCGAAGAGGCUAAUGGCCUCAAUAUCAAGGGUCUCAGCCUCGAUGAGGUGGCUAAGAAGGAGGAUGAUGAUGGUCAUGAGGAAACAAAAAGAACAUCUGACGUCUCGAACCAUCUUGGUAACAUUGACACAGGACCAUCUUCUUUGAUGCCCGAAUCCGCCGCAAACACAGAUUGA